AUGGAGAGCAAGCGACGCGUCCACGGAACAGCACAGCGCCAGAAGACUGAGCUCUGUGUCCGAGGAAGCGUUCUGGUGCAGCCCGAUGUCUAUGCAGAUCCGUAUGACCAGGUCGCGGAUGUAGCACGACUUGGACACCAUCGCGUCAAAACGCUCGCCAUCCACGAAGUGCUCGAACUGGUAGCAGUGGUAGAACAGCGUGAAGAUCACUACGCCCCAGGUGGCCCCGAUCAGCCCUUGCAGCAUGCCUUGCUGCUCGGGCGUGGAGAUCUCGGUGAUGAUCAGAAAAACCAUGCAGUUGACAGACCCGGCGCCGAGGCCCUGGAUCGCUCUGGAGAUUAUGAGCAUCAGCAUCGACUGGGACGCGCCGCACAGAACACAGCCCAGGCAGAACACGGCCAGGGCGACCAGCACGACGGGCUUUCUUCCGCAGCACUCGGCGGUCUUGCCGCAGAUAGGGAUCACCGAGGCCUGGGCCAGAGUGAACGCAGUGCCCACCCAGGUGGCCGCACUGGCAUUGUCGGUGAACUGGGUGGAUAUGGUGGAAAGUGCAACCGUGACGACUGUCUGGUCGAGAGCGGCGAGGAAAAUCGCCAUCACGAGGCCGCCGAUGAUCGGCUUGCGCUCUGUUUGGGGCGACAUCUUGGGUCUCAAAGACUUCCAGGCAGCAAUCCGGGAGCAGCCAGGUGA